GUUUUGACUUCGGCUUGGGUUGUGGUCAUAAUUAUCAGCCAAGAUGCGUUUUAUUGCAACUAUUUCUUGGAUCUGCGCCCUCAGUGUUCUGAGCGUCAAAGCAGCGCCAAACCAAGUGAACAACGAAAACUUCCAUAACUACCAGCAAUCUGGUCAGGAGCGAAGUUAUAACAACUAUGAGAACGAGCAGAGAUCCAAUCUUCUGUCAUCAAACUACUAUCAGAACAGCGGAGUUAAUAAUCAAGUUAAUAAUCAAAAUAAUGCACUGAACUACCAAAAUAUAGUUGCUAAUAACGAAGCUACAAAUCAAAAUAACGCUGCUAAUUAUCAAAGCAUCGUUGCUAAUAACGAGGCUUACAAUCAGAAUAACGCAGCGAACUACCAAAACGUUGUAGCAAAUAACCAAAAUAACUUGGUUAAUAACCAGAAUAUAGUAGCUGCUAACGAAGCUGUUAACCAAAAUAACGCAGUUAAUUAUCAAAGCAUAGUUUCUAAUAACGCUAUAAAUCAAAAUAACGCAGCUAAUUAUCAAAGCAUAGUUGCUAACAACGAGGCUUACAACAAGAAUAACGCUGCUAAUUAUCAAACCAUUGCAGCUAAUAACGACGCUUAUAACCACAAUAAUGGACUUAAUUAUCAAAAUAUAGCAGCUGCUAACGAAGCUAACUAUGAAAAUGUAGCUAACAGUGUCAAUUACCAAAAUGCAGCUGUGAACUACAGGAAUAUAGCCCGACAAGUCGAAUCUGACCAAAACAUCUACCAGCAAAGGGCUAAUGUCAUCAACGCCAAUAGCAACGAAGCAUCUCAAUACAGAGACGUGAUCCGUCAAGCUGAACAACAGCAGGCGAUAGCUGAAGAAAGAGCAGCUGAACAGAGAGUCAACGCUGUUUCAGUGAACAACAACGAAGCUGCGCAAUGGCAGAAUGUAGCGAGACAGGCGGAGAUAGCAAGAAACAAUUACGGACAAACUGAAAAUGUUUAUCCAGUCAACGAGCAGGUCAACACUGUGUCAAGCCCGAGGAUUAUCGAAGUACCAAUUGGAAAUUUGGCUGAGUUUGAGCUCAAAUCUCAUCUAAGUAAAGAAAACAAUAGGGCUGUUAUAAGUACAGAAAUUGUACCAUUAUUUGAUAGCGGUUCUUCAGCUUCAAGUUCAGCAUCUUCCCAAUCCAGUGCAUCAUCAGGAUCGAACGUCCAACAGUACCAGCUACCAGUGCAAUAUCAACCACAAAACGAAAUCGUUCGUCAGGAAACAAUUGUUGAACAACCAAACGUUAGAGAAGUUGAAACCAGACCCGGAUCUCAAGUGAUCGUAGUUGGGGGAGGGCAGAACGUAAAGGUCAUUGAAGGAUCAAGAGCUCAAGUUGUAUCUGGGGCAGUUGCCACAGCUUCUACUGCGUCAGUCGCCCCAGCCCCUGUUUCUACUGUGUCGGUUGCCCCAGCCCCUGUUUCUACUGUGUCAGUUGCCCCAGCCCCCGUAUCUACUGUCCCCGUUGUCGCCCCAGCUCCCGUAGCGACGUCAUCAUCCGCAGCAGCCGCUUCAUCUUCUGCCACAAGUUCAGGAACAGCUGCUGGUGCGCCAGUUACAACAACUACCACGACUACAUCAGAUGACGGCACAGUGACUACUUAUGAGACAACUGUUACAUCGGGAUCAGGAGCUGCUGCAACAGCAACUUCUGGCACAACUGGCCCAGUGACUUCAGUUUCGACGUCGCCAGCUGCAUCAUCAUCAUCAUCAUCAGCCGCGUCAUCAGCAUCAUCAAGUGCUGUAUCUACCGGUCCAUCAUCACCAGGACCCAUCGUCGCGUUACCAGCUGUUCCAGGACCAGGAGCUUCCCCCGCGGCUAUUGCUGAAGCAGAAGCAUCAGCUAUUGCGACAGCCGAACAAUUGAUCACCAUUUUGGAGCAGAUCAUCAGCACGGCAGCGGCUGCCUCUGCUUCGUCAGCCUCAUCGUCAUCAGGUUCUUCUGCGUCAUCUGCGUCAUCUGCGUCAUCUGCGUCAACUGCGUCAUCAGCUACCACUGCCCCAGUUACAACUGCCCCAGCACCAGCGGCUCCAGGCUCUACUGCAACAUCUGGGUCAUCGUCAACUUCCACCACAACUGUGACCAGCGGUCCAGGAGUUCCAUCAGGACCAUCUUCUGGAAGCUCAGCAUCGAGCGGUUCUUCAUCCACAGGAGCAUCCAACAAUGGUGCAGGUGCUUCAGGCUCGUCCGGAUCAGGAUCAUCUGCGUCAAGUGGUUCAUCUUCAACAGGAGCAUCCAACAAUGGUGCAGGCUCGUCCGGAUCAGGAUCCUCUGCGUCAAGUGGAUCAUCUUCAACAGGAGCAUCAAAUAAUGGUGCAGGUGCUUCAGGCUCGUCUGCAUCAGGAUCAUCUGCGUCAAGUGGAUCAUCUUCAACAGGCGCAUCAAACAAUGGUGCAGGUGCUUCAGGAUCAUCUGCAUCAGGAUCCUCUGCGUCAAGUGGUUCAUCUUCAACAGGAGCAUCAAACAAUGGUGCAGGCGCAGCAGGCUCGUCCGGCUCAAGUUCAUCUUCAUCAAGUGGAUCAUCUUCAACAGGAGCAUCCAAUAAUGGCGGAGCUGCUUCAGGCUCGUCCGACUCAGGAUCAUCUUCGUCAAGUGGAUCAUCUUCAACAGGAGCAUCCAACAAUGGUGCAGGUGCUUCAGGAUCAUCUGCAUCAGGAUCCUCUGCGUCAAGUGGUUCAUCUUCAACAGGAGCAUCCAAUAAUGGUGGAGGUGCUUCAGGCUCGUCCGGAUCAGGUUCAUCUGCGUCAAGUGGAUCAUCUUCAACAGGAGCAUCCAAUAAUGGCGGAAGUGCUUCAGGCUCAUCCGGAUCAGGAUCAUCUGCGUCAAGUGGUUCAUCUUCAACAGCCAUAUCUAACAAUGGUGGAGGCGCCCCAGUCUCAUCAGGAUCCUCAGCGUCAAGUGGUUCAUCUUCAACAGCCACAUCUACCAAUAGUGGAGUAGCUCCAGCGUCAUCGGGUUCAGGAUCCUCUGCAUCCAGUAGUUCAUCAUCGACAGCUGCAUCCAACAAUGGUGGGCGCGCUCCAGCUUCGUCAGUAUCUGGAUCUUCGGCGUCAAGUGGUUCAUCUUCAACAGCCACAUCUAAUAAUAAUGGUGGAAGUACUCCAGUCUCAUCAGGAUCCUCUGCAUCAAGUGGUUCAUCAUCAACAGCCACGUCCAACAGUGGUGGAGUUGCUCCAGCGUCAUCAGGAUCAGGAUCCUCUGCAUCAAGUGGUUCGUCUUCAACAGCCACAUCCAACAGCGGCGGAGGUGCUCCAACAUCAUCAGGAUCAGGUUCCUCAGCAUCAAGUGGUUCAUCUUCAGCAGCUACAUCAGGUAGCGGCUCACCUGCUCCAAGUGCUUCAGGUUCAUCAUCAGGCUCAUCUACUACCACAGUUACAUCUACAAGGGGCCGACCAGGUUCUUCAGCAUCAAGCUCUUCAGGAGCAUCAGGUAUGACAACACCCUAG